GGGCGGACGCGUGGUCUCGCCCCGGCGGCGGCGUCAUGGCGGAGGCGGCUAUGGACGCCGUGCGGAGGGAGUUACGAGAAUUCCCGGCCGCCGCAAGGGAGCUCUGUGUGCCUCUUGCUGUGCCCUACCUGGACGAGCCCCCCACUCCACUCCACUUCUACCGAGACUGGGUCUGCCCCAAUAGGCCCUGCAUCAUCCGUAACGCCCUGCAGCACUGGCCAGCUCUGCGGAAGUGGUCCCUCCCCUAUCUCAGAGCCACAGUGGGCUCCACAGAGGUGAGCGUGGCUGUGACACCAGAUGGUUAUGCGGAUGCUGUACGAGGGAACCGCUUUGUGAUGCCUGCUGAGCGCCGCCUGCCCCUGAGCUUCGUGCUGGAUGUGCUAGAGGGCCAGGCCCAGCACCCAGGAGUCCUCUACGUGCAGAAGCAGUGCUCCAACCUGCCCACCGAGCUGCCCCAGCUGCUGCCUGAUCUAGAGUCCCAUGUGCCCUGGGCCUCCGAGGCACUGGGAAAGAUGCCUGAUGCUGUGAACUUCUGGCUGGGGGAGGCGUCUGCAGUGACAUCUUUACAUAAGGACCACUAUGAGAACCUCUACUGUGUGGUCUCAGGGGAGAAACGCUUCCUGCUGCACCCACCCAGCGACCGGCCCUUCAUCCCCUAUGAGCUGUACACACCAGCAACCUACCAGCUAACUGAAGAGGGCUCCUUUGAGAUGGUGGAUGAAGAGGCCACGGAGAAGGUACCCUGGAUCCCACUGGACCCACUGGCUCCAGAUCUGGCCCGGUACCCCAGUUACAGUCAGGCCCGGGCCCUUUGCUGCACUGUGCAGGCCGGUGAGAUGCUCUACCUGCCAGCCCUGUGGUUCCACCAUGUCCAGCAGUCUCAUGGCUGCAUUGCUGUGAACUACUGGUAUGACAUGGAGUAUGACCUUAAGUACAGUUACUUCCAGCUGCUUGACUCCCUUACUAAGGCCUCGGGCCUCGACUGA